AUGGCUGGACGCGAGGCGGAGCGCCCGCACGACGGACGGCGCGUUGAGCGGCCGUUUGGCAUGCCGGGCUCCGAACGCAUCCACACAAACCAUACAGAUCAUCCAGGACAAGAAGCGCGCGCGUCGGGGUGGGCGCCGGCGUUCGGCGCGACGCGCUCGCCAUGGGACCGACGCGAGCCGCUCGCGCCCCCGGUGCCGCCAGAGGGCACGCGGUGGCGCGCAUGGGGCGGCCGCGGACGCGACCGAGGGCAGCGUGAUGGGGGGUGGUCGCGAAAAGACCGCCGCGCCCAGCGCAAGUACGCACGCGACGACCAGCGGUACUAUGACUACGACCGCCUCGACAGCGGCGUGCCGGCGCCUGCGCCGCCGUACAAGGAGGAGGAGAGCGAUAUUUACGGCGCGCCAGAAGAGCCCAAAGCGAGCGAGCUCGAUUACUCCGAGCCCAGCAGAGACGAACGCGUCGACGCGCCGAAAAGAGAGCGCAAGGGGUCACGCUGGGACGUGCCGCCAAGAGAGAUGGAGCAGGAGCGCGAACGUGCUGUACACGCGCCGCUCGAUGCGCGGCGUGAUGCGUUCGAAACGGAGCGCGUCACUGGCGAGCAGGAGAGCAGCAGCACGCCUAUCAAGACCGAAGGCGAGGCGCGGCCGCUCGAAGGAAUGGCGGUCGACGAGUCGUCGCGCGCGGCGCGCCACAACGAUAGUGGCUCGGACGGUAUGGACCUGUCCGAGGCAGAUGCUGGCGAAGCGCCCGGACGUGACGACGAGCAGCACGAAGCAGAGCGGAGAGAGCAAGAGCAGAGAGAAAGAGACGCGCAGGCGGCAGAGCGUGCACAAGCGGAACAGCAGGAAGCCGAGCGAAAAGAGGCUGAAGCGCAAGCGUCAGAGCGUGAAGCACAAGCCGCAGAGCGCGAAGCACAAAAACAGGCCGAGCGCGACGCCGAACAAGCAAAACGUGCCGCAGAGCAAGUACGCAUUGCCGACAUGGCUGCCGACGCAGAUAGGCAGAGCGCUCAGCCCAAAACCCCCAAGCCAUCUGCAUCUGUCCCCUCUGUGCCUCGCCUUUCUGACCCUCCUUCCCUUGCUAAUGCCACCUCUGCUCCCUCUAAUUCGGCGCUCCCCGCCUUUCCUCAAGAUACCCCUGUCCUGCCGAUCCGGACGCAUGGCGAGCCAGUCCCAACGACUCCCCUCGACCCCCUCAAGCGCGCCGUUGUCGGCGAGCCUCCGGCGUCGGCCGUCGUUCCGACACAUGCGCCGGUCGGCGCCUCGCUGGAAUGGCCGGCCGAGCCGCUCGUCAAGGCGCCCGCCGAGGCGCUGGCCACGCCGCUGCACCCCACCGAGCCGCAGCUGCACCAUGGCCCGGUCGUCCCGACGACGCGUAUCGAGACGAGCGUCAAGCGCCCGACGCUGACCGUGCCGCCUGCCAAGCCCGUCCCCUCGGUCUCGCUUCCAUUGGACGACGAAGCGAUAGAGAAAAAGAUCCUUGCGACCGAGCGUGCGCUGCAGUCUGCCGAGGAUGGCCGUGUUUCCAACACGGCGGACGCGGUGCCCGCGUCCCCGACCUCGUCCCGCGACGCGAUGGCCGACAGUGCGAUGGCCGACAGUGUCGACGAGCAGCUCAUGGCCGAGGGCGGCGUGCCUGCCACGACGCCCGUCGGCGAGAGCAUCGUCCAAGACACGGCCGGCCAUGCGGUCUCGGAGGAGACCGCGGCCGAGGUGCAUGCGCUGGCCAAGCAGCUCAUCGCGACGUACCCCCUGUCCACGACGCACGUCACCGCGCUCCUGGACGAGAACCGCCGCGCCGCUGCGUCGAUCACGGUGCCGGCGGUGCUGGCGCACGAGCGCGCGCCGACCGAGUGGCCCGAGUGCAAAACGUCGGUGCUCGAGGCGUCCGCGGAAAAGCAGCGUGCCGAGCGUGCGGCCAAGGUCGCGGCGCUCAAGGCCGAGUACCGUACGCUGAAUGCCGCGUGGAAAAAGUACUGCGAGCACCUCGACAAGGUGUACGAGCGCCGCGAGAUGCAGCGCCGUGCGUCGGUCAGUGGCCACGAAGAGGAGCCGGCGAAUGCCCAGUCCGCGCUUGCGACGCCGCUCGCCGCGCGCACCUCGCGGCGCGGCGCCGGCGCGGGCUUUGGCGAUGCGGUGCGCUCCGAGGCCGAGUUCCUCGAGAUCUUGGCCUCGCUCGAGAAUGCCGAGAUGCAGGACCCCGUGACGCGUGCCGCCCGCACGGCCGCGACGGCGCCAGACAUGGCGGUGCGUGUCGCAGGCGACCUGCCCUUGAUCGACCACGACAAUGGGUACGUGGCGGACCCCGUCGACUUCUACUUUGGCGGCUACGACCCCGACGUGUGGAGCGACGAGGAGCAGGCGAUCUUUACGAAGCGCUACGCGCUGUACCCCAAGCAGUUUGGGCGCAUUGCGCGUGGCCUGCCCCACAAGACGAUGCAGCAGUGCGUCGCGUUCUACUACCUGCACAAGCACCUGCCCGGCAACGACUUCAAGGCGCUGAGCACACGCAGCCGCGAGCGCAAGCGCAAGUCCAAGACGCGCCCAAAGAAGGCCAAGGGCAGCGCGCUCAUGGCCGACAUGGCCGGCCCCGAGGAGCCCGAAGGCGACGAGGAGGAAAAGACGCCCAAGCGCCGCCUCGACGAGGACAAAAAGACGCCGGGCGCCAAGCGGCCACGCACCAAGCCACGCACGCCCGAGGCCGCCGAGCCCGUGCCUACUCAGGCCGAGGAGCGCGACCUCGCUGCGGCCGAGGCGCUCGAGGCGCUCGCCGGCAUCGCGCCUGCGCCCAAGAAGCGCCCCCGUCCCCGUCCGAAGCGCGACGAGAACGAGGAGCCCAAGAGCCGCUCGCGCGGGCCGCACUGGUCGAUGACCGAGCGUGCGGAGUUUUUGCGCCUCCUUGCGCUCCACGGCAAGGACUGGGCGGCGCUUGCGACCGCGUUCCCGGCCAAGACUGCCGCGCAGACACGCAACUUUUUCGCGCGGCACGCGAGCGAGAGCAGCCACUUUCAGGCGGCUGCCGCGCUCGCCGUCGAGAAUGUCGCGCUGCCGUACGAGAAGCGCAGCGCGGCGGCGGUCGAGUUUGUCAAUGGGUGGUACGCGCAGCUCAGCGACGAGGCCAAGGCGUCGGUCGAGGGCUGGCCGGCGGACCCUGCCGCGUUCCUUGCGCCGGCCGACGAGGACGAGACGGACGACGAGGCGGCCGCGCCGCCGCCGCCGCCAGAGUGGGCGUCGCAGCCCUAUGCGUACCCCCCCCGCCCUUCUGUGUACUACCGCGAGGGGUACGAGCGCUUCCCUGUGUACAACUACGGCUACGACGAGCGCUAUCGUGACGAGUACCGCGAGUACCGUCCCGAGUACCGCCCCGAGCCGCGCGAGUACCGCCCCGAGUACCGCCCCGAGUACGUGCGCGAGCGCUACGAAGAGCCGGUGCCGGUGCUGCGGCCGCCGCUUCUUCCCACGGCCCCCAACAUGGGUUAUUUCCCCUAUGCGCGGCCGGAUGCGCCGUACGCGCGUUCCGAGACACCCUCGCCCCUUGAGCUGCCGUGCGGCGCAGUGAUGCCCAACCGCCUGACCAAGGCGCCGAUGGAGCAGAUGAUGGCCAAGUUUGGCGGCGGCAAGCCGAACAAGGAGCUCCUUGAACUCUACCGCGCCUGGGCCGAGGGCGACUGGGGCAUGGUGGUUACCGGCAACGUCGGUGUGGACUCGCGCUACAUUGGUCUCAUGUUUGACGUGGUCCUGCCGCGUCCCGGCAACGAGAAGGAGCACGCCGAGUACCUCGAGGCCUUUACGCGCUGGGCCCGUGUGUGCACCGGCCGUGCUCCUGACGAUGCGCGCCCGGCCGUGCCUGCGACAGAGGGCAAGCGCUCGCUCGCCGUCGUGCAGCUCGUGCACUGUGGCCGCCAGUCGGCGCGCGGCGCGGGCCGUGCGCCGUGGCAGCCCGCCGUCGCGCCGUCGCCCGUGCCGAUGAAGUCGGGCGCCGAGCAGACGUUCCUCGACAAGGCCAUGUUUGGCACGCCGACCGCGCUCACGACCGAGGGCGUGCAGGACGUCGUGCGCCGCUUUGCAGAUGGCGCGGCGUUCUGUGCGCAGGCCGGCUUUGACGGUAUCGAGCUGCACGCCGCGCACGGCUACCUCCUCUCGACGUUCCUGAGUCCGGUGACGAACCAGCGCACGGAUCAGUACGGCGGCAGCGCCGAGAACCGCUUCCGCAUCAUCAAGGAGAUUAUCGAGGCGAUUGCGCCGCGCGUCCCCGCGUCGUUCGCGGUCGGCAUCAAGCUCAACUCGAGCGACUAUGUCUCGGGCGGCCUCACCGAGGACGAUGCGCUGCAGAACGUCCUUUGGCUCGCCGAGACACGCCGCGUCGACUUUGUGGAAGUCAGCGGCGGCACCUAUGAGAAGCCCAAGAUGUUUGACAAUGCGCCGGCCAAGCCCAAGAGCGAGCGCUCCAAGGCGCGCGAGGGCUUCUUUAUUGGCUUUGCCCAGCGCUGCCACUCGGUGAUGUCGAAGGACUCCAAGAUGCGUAUUAUUGUCACGGGCGGCUUCCGCACGCGCACGGGUAUGGAAGAGGCGCUCGCGGACGGCACCGUCGACGGCGUCGGCCUGGCGCGCCCAGCCGCGCUCGACCCGGCGCUGCCCAAGAAGGUGCUCGACACCUCGAUCCCGGACGACGACGAGCGCGCAGACUGCCCGCAGUGGCCGCCACCCCCGCAGCCGUGGUGGAUCCCCAACAUGCCGUUUGCAGGUGCGGGAUGGAACUCGAUCUGGCACUCGGCGCAGCUGCACCGCGUCUCGUACGGCUUGUCACCCGAGGAGGAGAUUUCCAUGUUGGCCUUUUUGAAGGGUCUUCACUUUUGCUCGUAA